GCCAAAUCAGUGCGCAUAUUCCUCAAAGCUGGAGCCGAAACGGAAUGGUGGGUGUCCGUCUAUGGAAUCGAUUCUGUACAUGGCAGAAGUGCGAAAGUAUUCUAUGCAGCUAAUCAUACCUAUGCGCAAGAGGAAAGCUGCCUAUGGGCUCCGGAAGAGAAUGAGAAGAAGGGUACGAUCCCAGCCGGGUUGCAUUCAUUUCCGUUUACAUUUACAUUGCCUGCAGAGUGUCCGCCAAACUUUGAAGGUAGUUGCGGCUCCAUAACAUACACAAUAACAGCAGAAGUGGAACGUCCAUGGAAAGUGAACAAAACGGCGUCUGUCAAUCUAUCAGGUAUGUCAUGGCCACCGUAA